UGUUGACAUGUGUAUUUGUUUUAAUUAAAGUUUGGUGGUCAGUAAUAUAGACUCAGUCUCAAGUCGAAUCUGUGGCCUAGCCUACAGCUUCUUUUUGCACAGAAACUGCAGAAGUGUCAAACAGUAUGGAAGUCUACCAUCAAGUGAAAGAGUUUGCGGAGGAGCAUGCAACAGGGCUCGCAGUUGUCAUUAUUGCGGGCACUGGCCUUAUCGCGAUCCGCAGAUGGAUGGCCGGUGGCGAAUGCCGCAGUGAAGCCCGACUGGAUGGCAAAACUGUGCUAAUCACUGGAGCGAAUACAGGAAUAGGGAAGGAGACCGCUGUGGACUUAGCCAGCAGAGGUGCGAGGGUGAUCCUGGCGUGUAGAGAUAUGGGCCGGGCGAACCGAGCUGCGGAUGAGAUCCGAAAACGGAGCGGGAAUGGGAACGUGGUGGUGAAGCAGCUGGACCUGGCCUCCUUGCAGUCUGUGCGCGCGCUGGCCGCUGAUGUGAAGGCCACCGAGGAGCGUCUGGAUAUUCUCAUCAACAAUGCAGGGAUGAUGAUCUGCCCAAAAUGGAAGACAGAGGACGGAUUUGAGAUGCAGUUUGGGGUGAACCACCUGGGUCACUUCCUUCUGACCAACAGUCUGCUGGACCUGCUGAAGAAAUCAGCCCCCAGCCGAGUGGUCACAGUGGCCAGCCUGGCCCAUAAGCAAGGAGAAAUCGACUUUGAUGACAUCAAUUUGGAAAGAUGUUAUGAUCCUGUGAAGAGCUACAGGCGGAGCAAGCUGGCCAACGUGCUCUUCAGCCGAGAGCUAGCAAAGAGACUGGAGGGCACAGGUGUGACCGUGUACAGCCUCCACCCAGGUGUGAUCCGCACUGAGCUGGGACGCCACGUGACCCAGUCCCUGCCCCUCUGGGAGCUGAUCAUGUAUUCACCUCUGAUGCUGCUCUGGCCCUUCAUCAAGUCUCCGUGGGAGGGAGCGCAGACCACCAUCUACUGCGCUGUGGACGAGAGCCUGCAAAACACCACUGGCCUUUACUACAGUGACUGUGCCCCUAAGCAGGCAGCACCUCAAGCGUGUGAUGAUGCUGCUGCUAAGAAACUCUGGGACAUCAGUGCUUCCAUGGUGGGACUGGCCUAAGACAAGAGACUCACUCACUCACUCACUCUUUGUCUACCCCCCCCCC